AUUCCUCUCACUGACACCUCAUAUUUCAUUUCACUAUACAUAUCUUGUAGAGACUAGAGAGUCCAACUUUCACUUUCACUUCUUCUUCUUCUUCUCCCUAAAAAGGUAAACAAAAAUCCCACCAAGCAAGCAACCAAGCAAUCCAUAUCCAUGGAAUCAGUGGCUGAUUUGAAGCUCACCCUUCUGCUUUUAUUUGCUGCUAUUAUAUCUUUGGUUCUUGUACCUUCCGCUCAAGCCACCACCACAGAUGUCAAAUACUGCGAUAAGAAAGCUGAUUACCCUGUGAAGGUCUCUGGUGUUGUGGUAUCACCCAACCCAGUGGUGUCAGGCAAGCCAGCCACCUUUAACAUCUCAGCCACAACUGGUAAACCCAUCUCCAGUGGGAAAGUUGUCAUUGACGUUUCUUACUUUGGGGUGCACGUCCAUACAGAAAAUCAUGAUCUUUCUGAGGAGAUAAGCUGUCCUAUUGCAGCAGGAAAGUUUGUGCUCUCUCACAGCCAAACUUUACCUGGAUUUACACCACCUGGCUCUUACACUCUUAAGAUGACACUGGAGGAUGGUAACAAUCAACUGUUGACCUGCAUUAGCUUCAAAUUCAGUAUCAGCUUUGGAUCUUCAGUGUCUGAUAGUUGAAUACCUUGCUCAUGUUUGCGGUGUUGCAUUGUGGUGUUGAUUAGAAAAUGACUUGCGGCCAUGAAGCUAUAAGGUAUCCAAAACUUUGAACAUGUAUGGAAAAACCACCUAUUUGUUGGUUUUACCAGUUUCAGCACAAAACCGUAAAUAAAAGUGGUGUAUUGUAUGUGCUAUUCUCAGACUAAAGAAAGACACUUGAGAGCUAAAAAUGUAAUUACUUUGUGUGAGGUGUGGAUAUGUUAAUGUUGUCUUUGUUAGCUUAA